AUGUCACAAAAUAGUACUGAAUCAACAACUGAAACGAACCCUGGAGGUUCUAGAGGAAGAGCUUUAUCAACCGUUUGGGAGUUUUUUAUACGAGAAAAAACAAGUUCGUCUGGACAUUUUUCUGCAAAAUGCAUGUAUUGUCCAGCUAAAUGGGCAAGAGGUGAACCAUCAAAACUUGAGGCUCAUCUUGCCUUGGAGUGUCCUAAUGUAGAUGAUCAAGUUCGACAAUUAUAUUUACUUCAUGUGGCUCACCGAAAUGAGUUUGAUGAAGUAGAAUCCAAUAUUUUAACAGUCGCUUCAAAAAAACAAAAAGUAAAUAAACAAUCUGGUAUCUCAAAUUUUUUUCCACGAAAAGAGGAAGAUGGUUUAUCUGAGGGGCGAAUAAAUGCUAUAAAUAGUUCCUUGCUAAAAGCUUUUGUAGUUUGCGGCAUCCCAUUUUCUGCAAUUGAAAAUCCAUUCUUUAUUGAUUUUCUUCAAAAUCUAU